CCACGCCUCAGCCGUUUCCUACCUGCAGCAUCACAGCAGCUCCGCCUGUGCUGAGAAAUCGAAGCAGACCUCGACCUGCAGAGUAAAAACUGGAGCUGAGGGAGCUCUACGGGAGGAGGACGAGGCGGACAGAGGAGAGUGAAGACCAAUAACGAGGAUGAUUCAAUCAAAUCACUCCACCCACUCUUUGAUCUGCUGCUGCUGUGCUGUUCAAACCAGGGAGAUCAGCACACGCAUGGAGAUGGGGGGCAGAACUUCGCUUUGCUUCCGAGGCAGACGGCACCCAGGAGUAGCCAGACAGGUCGACCUGUCCAAGAAAAAACUCCCUCAACCCCCGCCGGAGAAUGGUGAAGGAGAAGGCCUGCUGAAUGUUGUAGCCAUGUACGAUUUCACAGCCAAGGAGGACAGUGACCUCACUCUUAAACAGGGAGAGGAGUACGUCAUCCUCCAUAAGCAGGACCAGCUGUGGUGGAGAGCAGAGGACAGACACGGGAAUAAAGGCUUCAUCCCCAGUAACUACGUAACAGAGAAAAACAGAAUCGAAGCAAACUCGUGGUACUGCAAGAACAUCACCAGAACAGAAGCUGAACAGCUGCUGAAACAGCAGGACAAAGAAGGAGGUUUUAUUGUGCGGGAGUCCAGUAAACAAGGCACCUAUACCGUUUCAGUUUAUACAAAGACAUUAAGUCCAAAUGGUGAUGUUAGACAUUACCAGAUUAAAAUAACGGAUACUGGACAGUUCUACUUGGCUGAAAAACACACCUUCGACUCCAUACCAGAGGUUAUACACUACCAUGAACACAAUGCAGCCGGUCUAGUGACCCGGUUACGCUACGCUGUGGGACCGAUGGGAAGGUGCGUGCCAACCACGGCAGGCUUCAGCUCAGAGAAGUGGGAGAUAAAUCCCAGUGAGCUGACCGUCAUGAAGGAACUUGGAAGCGGCCAGUUUGGAGUGGUGAGGCUGGGCAAGUGGAGGGACCAGCAGAGAGUGGCCAUCAAAGCCAUCAGAGCGGGAGCCAUGUAUGAGGAGGAUUUCAUUGAGGAGGCCAAAGUCAUGAUGAGGCUGUGCCAUCCCAAACUGGUCCAGCUGUACGGUGUUUGCCUGAAGCAGCGCCCCCUGCUGAUCGUGGCUGAGUUCAUGGACAAUGGCUGCCUACUGAACUACCUGCGGCAGAGGGGCGGGGCUCUAAAGGAGGCGUGGCUUCUUUCAAUGUGCCAGGAUGUCUGUGAGGGGAUGGAGUACCUGGAAGCUCAGAGCUUCAUCCACAGAGACCUGGCAGCCAGGAACUGUCUGGUUAACGAGAACAACGUUGUGAAGGUCAGCGACUUUGGGAUGACCAGAUAUGUUCUGGACAAUCAGUACACCAGCUCCAGUGGGGCCAAGUUCCCCGUAAAGUGGUCUCCUCCUGAGGUUCUCCAUUACAGUAAAUACAGUAGUAAAUCAGACGUCUGGUCCUUCGGUGUGGUGAUGUGGGAGAUCUUCUCAGAGGGUCGAACGCCCUUCGAGAACCGCUCCAACUUGGAGGUGGUGAACGACAUCACCAGAGGGAUCCGUCUGUACCGACCGCAUCGCGCCAAUCAGUCGCUCUACACCAUCAUGUACCGCUGCUGGCAUGAGAAACCUGACGGUCGGCCGAAGUUCUCAGAGCUUCUGGAGGAGAUCAGAAAAUUGGCUGAAACUCCAGAUUAAACCAAAGAUGUGAUGUUUUCUGACCUCUGUGUAUCAAACUGUUUUAAAUUAUGUAUUAGAAAUGUUUAAUUGGUGUAAAUAAUAGCCAUUCAGAUAAACCGUCAUGGCUCUGCUGUAAAUAUAUAUAUUUUUCUAUAUAAGAAAAAUACUUUUACCUCUAUCGGUGCUUUAUAUCAUUUAUUUAUUUUAGAAUUAUACUGUAAAUCUAACAAGACAUUAGAAAUUUCAAACUAAUUAUCAGUAUGUGAAAAUUAUUUUCAAACAUUAAGCUUCUGUUCAUAUUAAUGUAUAGACUGUA